UCCCUUAUUACAAAAGGCGCGCACUGUAAACAAUAUUCAAAGCACUUCUCCAGAUUUUGAAUUAGAAACAACAAUGCCUGCUCAAAUACUAGAAUCUGAAGCUCCAACACAAAAUGCCACUCCUGAGGUUAAUCGACGUUCAGCUAAUUUUUCUCCUAGCAUUUGGGGCGAUCAGUUUCUCUCAUAUGCUUCUAAUAAGGAAAGCAAUAUUGAAACUGAGCAACAUCUCCGAGAAUUCAAGGCAGAAGUGAACACGAUGCUGAAGGCUCCGGUUGAAAAGCUUUCACAAAAGUUGGAUUUGAUUGAUAACAUUCUGCGCUUAGGAGUUUUCCGCCAUUUUGAAAAUGAGAUCCACGAAAUUUUACAGCAAAUUCACAACAAUUCUUAUGUCAACUGUGACGACCUGGAGAGCGAUGAUGAGCUCUACACUGUGGCGCUUCGUUUUCGAUUACUAAGACAACAGGGUUAUCAAGUUUCAUGCAAUGUGUUUAGGAAGUUCAUGGACUAUGAUGGAAACUUUAAGGAAUCACUUAUUGAAGAUGUCCCGGGACUAUUAAGUUUGUAUGAAGCCACACAUCUUAGGACACACGGGGAAGAACUGCUUGAUGAUGCAUUGACCUUCACCUCCACUCAUCUUGAGUCGGCAACUCGCCAUAGUUUAAACCCCCUGGUUAUGAAGCAAGUAACUCAUGCCUUGUAUCAGCCUCUCUGGAAGGGUGUAACUAGACUCGAAGCCAGACAUCACUUGUCUGCUUACCCGGAUCACAAUUCACAUAAUGAAACACUCUUGAAUUUUGCAAAGUUGGAUUUCAAUCUACUGCAGCAAGUCCAUCAGAAAGAACUAAGUGAUAUUGCAAGGUGGUGGAAGGACUUGGACUUUGCAAACAAGCUGCCGUUUGCAAGAGACAGAGUGGUUGAGUGUUACUUCUGGACUUUGGGAGUCUACUUUGAGCCCCAAUAUCACUUUGGUAGGACGACAUUUUGCAAAGUAAUUGCCAUGACAUCCAUUAUUGAUGACAUUUAUGACGUGUAUGGCACGCUUGAAGAGGCAGAACUUUUUACUGAAGCUAUUGAGAGAUGGGACAUCUCUGCCAUGGAUAUACUGCCCGAGUAUAUGAAAAUCUGUUACCAAGCACUGUUGGAUGUCUAUCGUGAAAUGGAAGAAAAGCUUGCAAUUGAGGGCAACUUAUAUGCCAUCCACUACGCGAGAGAAUCAAUGAAAAUCCAGGUUAGAGCUUACUUCCGAGAAGCCAAAUGGUUCCACCAGAAAUACACGCCAACCUUGGAUGAAUAUAUGUCAUUAGCACUUGUUACAUCUGGCUACUUUAUGCUAGCAACCAUAUCCUUUCUGGGAAUGGGGGAUAUUGUCACAAGAGACUCCUUUGAGUGGUUGUUCAAUAGUCCUAAAAUUGUCAAGGCUUCAGAGUUAGUUGGCAGACUCAUGGAUGACAUGGCUUCUCAUAAGUUUGAGCAAAAGAGAGGACAUGUCGCCUCAGCUGUGGAAUGCUACAUGAAAGAAUAUGGUGUCACAGAAGAAGAAGCAAAAGUCGCACUGACUAAACAAGUGGAUGAUGCUUGGAAGGUCAUAAAUGAAGAAUUGCUGAAGAUUAACACUAUUCCAAGGCCCCUCCUAUUGCGAGUUCUCAAUCUCUCUCGGGUGAUUGAAGUUGUAUAUAAGAAUGAAGAUGGGUAUACUCAUGCAGGUGGUGUGCUCAAGGGUUUUGUGGCUUCUAUGCUUAUCAAACCUGUGCCUAUAUAAGCCUAAGUAAAUUUUAUAGUUUGUGUUUCGUAUAAGUAUAUGGAUUAUCAGUUCAUGUUGUAAAAUAAGAAGUCGGUUGUCAUUUGGAACCGUUUCAAAGACAACUGUGAGAUGUCUUAAUAAAGUAUUUUUCUGA